CUAUAAGGUAGCUCCGCCCCUGGUGUAGAUAGACUCUUGCGUGCGUUAUAUAUAUGUAGAGAGACGUUUGAGUUGAUUACUUAUCAUCAAAGAAGUGCGAGUAAUGGAGGAGGUAAACAACAAGUUCGUAACAGUAAAGGGUCACAUAAAUGGGGCUCCAUCUGAAUCCGAUUUCGAGAUUAAGAGUGAAAUGAUUUCUCUAUCGAUAGAUGGAGGAAGUGAAGUAGAGGUGAUCGUCAAGAAUGUGUAUGUAUCGGUGGAUCCAUACCAGCUGAACCGCAUGAAGAAGCAGAGCUCCUCGCAGGCUGCAAUCAGCUUCGCCACCGGAAUCACUCCUGGGCUGGCCAUCGAUACGUAUGGCGUGGGGCAAGUGGUGGUGUCGGAGCGGCCGGGUUUGGAGAAGGGGGAGCUUGUGGUAGGGAUGCUUACAUGGGGAGAGUAUACACUUGCAGAGAAAGGCAGACUCUUGAAUAAGUUGGAUCCCAUGGCCAUAGGGCUCGACUUACCUCACCUUGUUGGUGCUCUUGGAUUUAGUGGACUUACCGCGUAUGGAGGGUUUUAUGAAGUAUGCAAGCCAAAAAGGGGAGAGAGCGUAUUUGUGUCAGCUGCUUCAGGAUCCGUGGGAAGUCUAGUCGGACAAUAUGCUAAGCUAUUUGGUUGCCGUGUCGUCGGCUGUGCCGGUACUCAAAAAAAGGUUGAGUUGCUUAAGGAAAAGCUUGGUUUUGACGAUGCUUUCAACUACAAGGAAGAGAUCGAUCUCAACUCCGCUCUCAAAAGGUACUUCCCAGAGGGAAUUGACAUAUAUUUCGACAAUGUGGGUGGAGAGAUGCUGGAGGCGGCAGUGGCAAACAUGAGCCAGUUCGGGCGGGUGGCAGUGUGCGGCGCCAUCUCCGAGUACACGGGCAGUGGUAAGAGGGCGGCGCUGGAGAUGUUGGAUGUGGUAUACAAGAGGAUCACCAUUCAAGGAUUUCUAGCGGCUGAUUUCUUGAAAUGCUACACUGAUUUUAUGAAGACGACGACGGAGCACCUUCGCACCGGAAAAAUGCACUCUCUUUGCGACGUCUCACAUGGCGUGGACAGUGUUCCACAUGCUUUUGUAGGGCUGUUUUCAGGUGAUAAUAUUGGAAAAAAGAUUGUCCAGAUUGGAGAAUACUAAGUAGAGGACAUUUGCUUUUUAGUAUAUUCACAAUAUAGAGGAAUUAUGACUUAAUGGACCACAAUUUUCAAUCCAAUUUUACCAAAUUAUCCUAUAA